AUGCCCGUCAAGCCUAUCACUGGAACAUUACUACAGCUUGUAACUCAAUUCUUUGUUGAAAUGAGUGACCCUCAAUUCAGCAUUGAAGACGACGCUGUCAAUGUUUACAUCGUUUCUACAUCCCCAUGGGUGCACGAUGGGCCUAUCACUACCGACGUUCUAUACGGUAUCCUUUCUCAGCAUAUAGGAUAUGUCCCUCGGGAAUUCACGGACUUGGAUUGUAUGGUUGUGGUAUACAGUCUUUUGAUGAUGGAUUUCCUGCCUCCUAUUGAUCUGCGUAUGUCGGUCAACCGCAUACUUUACUCGCUUAAUGGGAAGGACCUUACGCGUUAUCUUACGGAUAAUUUGGAUACCGAGGAUAGCGAUUUGCUAGAAAGUCAGCUUCAAAGAAUUCAAUAA